CCAAAUUAUUCCGCCACUCUUCGAUACUGAAAUACCUUGAUCCCGACAGAGAAUGCUGCUGAAGAGAUCCCCGGCGGAGUGGACUCUCCUGCGGCUCUGCGGAGAGCUUCUCAAGCACACCUCGGCGCACGGGAUCCCCAACGUGUUCCGCGCUGCGCACUGGUGCCGCCGGUUGCUUUGGGCCGUUUUCGUGGGCUUUGCUCUGUGCUGCGCGCUCUGGCAGUGCACGGAGAUGGUGCUCAACUACUACAGAUACCCGUCCCACGAGAAGAUAACCCUAGUGUCCAACACCAUGCUGGCGUUCCCCGCCGUCACCAUCUGUAACCUGAACAGCGUCCGCUACUCCUCCGUACGCAAGAGCGUCACCAUGACAAAGUCACUGCAGGAUCUGGGGUUGAAGCAAUCUCACCGCAGGAACAAGUCCUCGUGCUGGAACACCACCUGCCCCGACUCACCGGCCGAGAGCGACAGCUACCCACGCGCCCUCAGGAAGUUUGCCUCGCAGUUCAACCAGCUCUCGGACGAGGAGAAGAUCGCAAUGGGACACCAGCUGGAAGACAUGCUGAUCUUCUGCAACUUCCACGGGCAGAUGUGCGAUACCAGCUUCUUUUCUGGAUUCGUCAACUAUAAGUUUGGAAACUGCUACACCUUCAAUUCUCAGAAGACGACAGACAUCAGAGGAGCCCCGAUCAGUGGCGCGGCUCUGAACACCACCAGGGCUGGCUUCGUGUACGGGCUGCACCUGGAGCUGUUUAUCCAGCAGAUUGAGUAUGUGAAGGAUGUCACUCACUCUGCAGGGAUACGCCUCCUGGUCCACAACCACGCGGCCUCGCCCUUCCCCGAGGACGAGGGCGUUAACAUCCCGCCAGGCACUGAGACCGACAUCGGCAUGAUGAAGGUCCUGAUUAAACGGCUGAAGUCCCCUUAUGGGAGUCACUGCACCGACGGGGAUGGCAUUAAAAACUUCUACCAUGAUGUGUAUGGCUCCAGAUACACACGGGAGUCCUGUAAACGGACAUGUGCCCAGCUGAGCAUCGUGGAGAACUGUGGGUGCAGCCACUGGGAAUUCGCUGCUCCCCCCGACCUCCAGUACCCCAAGUGUAACCUCAGUGCUGUCGGAGUCAGUGAAUGUGUGGAGCUUUAUGGAUACAAGUUCGCUCAUGGCAUGCUGCCUUGCGACUGUCCUCUGCAGUGCAAAGAGGAGCUGUACCAGCUGACAGUGUCUGGGUCCCAGUGGCCGUCAUCUGCUUUCAUUGAAAAGUUUUCCAGUGAUCUGAGAGAGAUGGGUGGUCAGUUGAGUACGAUUGCAGACAGCCCUCAGCUAAUACGGGAUAACCUGGUGAAAGUUGUUGUUUACUACCAGCAGCUGAAUUCUGAGCAGAUUGAGGAGGAGCCAUCCGUCUCUGAGAUCGAUUUGAUUUCCAGCAUGGGAGGACUGGUCGGUCUCUGGGUCGGAUUCUCUGUCUGCACGCUGGUGGAAUUCUUUGAGCUUUUCGUGGACAUGUUGGUCUUCUUCGCCCAGCGAUGUCUCUGGAAGGCUGUGCCCAAUACCUACGCAAACCCAUGCUCUGAAAGAGGGAGAGCAUCCUUCACUGGACAUAAAACCACCAACAUGUAGCUGUGCUGUGCUUUGUUACAUUGUAACAGCAUUCUUCGUAGGAAAUGGAAAAUAAUAAAGACCAUUUGAAUGUAUUCCUAGUGCAGUAAAAAUAGACGAGAUAGAUAUAGAUUGAUAGACAGAUUGAUUGAUUGGAUAUGAUUGGGUAACAGUAGAUAUAAUGAUAUAGUUAUAACCCAUUAUUCAAUUGUUUACUGUUCUCCCUUGUCUGGACUUAUUGUGUUAAAACAUCCAUUCUUGAGGGAACGUUCUUACCAGAGCUCCACUUGAUGGAACUAAACAGGUAAUAAUGGCUGAUCAGAAUCUCUGUUAGAAUUGGUAUCAUUCCAUCGUUCUGAAUAAAUAAACCAAAUAAAACUCUCUGUGCUGUUUUCAUCAUUGUCCACGUGUUUAGGUUUGUGUGAGACAGUCAGACAAAGAGACGUACAGGACUCCUAGACUAAAGAUAACGGUUUGUAUCUGCGUGAUUUAAUAAAAUAACUCCUGCAGUUCUCUGCAAGAGAAGCCAAUGAA